UUGAAGGAAGAAAUGAAGCAGGUUUGGUCUCCGGGGACAGCCUCCAAGGCUUAUAUUGAUACUGUUAAAUCCUGUGAACUUCAUAAUGGAUCUGGUGUAGCAGAGCUUGUUUCAGCUAUGGCAGCCGGUUGGAACGCCAGGUUCAUUGUGGAAACAUGGUCAAAAGGCGGAGCUAUGGCAACAAGCAUCGGGUUGGCAGUUGCUAGCAGUCAUACAAAUGGAAGACGUAUAUGUAUAGUCCCUGAUGAAAGAUCGAGAUUAGAAUACGCUGAGGCCCUGGAAGAGGUUGGUAUGUCUGCAGAAGCCAUUGUUGGAGAACCUGAAGAGGUAAUGAAAGGGUUAAAUGGCAUAGAUUUCAUGGUGGUGGAUAGCCAACGAAAUGACUUUUCAAAGAUAUUAAAGCUGGCAAAACUGAGUGACAGAGGGGCUGUUCUGGCCCGCAAGAAUGCUCAUCCCAAAACUGCUUCAACUUUCAGAUGGAAAAGUGUCGUUGAUGAGAGAUCGUACAGGGUAGUUCGCUGUGUGUUCCUUCCGGUGGGGAAAGGGUUGGAUAUUGCGCAUGUGGCAAGCAGUGGAGGGAAUUCAGGUGAAGCAGAAAGGCGAUGGAUCAAACAUGUUGAUCCACAAUCUGGGGAAGAACAUGUCAUACGAAGGUAGAAUUAAGAUUCUUCUCCACAAACGGAGACUAUUUAUUUGUAUGUUAAUCUCGUUUCAACCUUGUACAUAAAUUUUGAACCUAAAUUAUUUACAACAACAUUUAUAUUA